AUGUAUACGACGAUUAAAUACGAUAAUGGCAAGACACUCAUGGCUCAAGGACCACAGGCACUACAUGAUCAUGUUGCAUCACGUAUGGAAAAAGCACUGGGUCGAGCUUUACCACAAAUGGAAGUACGAUUCAAGAAUAUCUCCAUCUCGGCCGAUAUUAUCGUCAAAGACGAGACCAAUGUCAAGGUCGAGCUUCCUACACUCACGAAUGAACUCAUUAAAAGUGUUCGAGCUCUCGGUGCUAAGAAACACACAGUCAAGAAACAGAUCUUGAAAGAUAUUAGUGGCGUCUUCAAGCCUGGUACAAUCACGCUUGUGCUGGGUCAGCCUGGAUCUGGAAAGUCGUCACUCAUGAAAUUACUGAGUGGUCGCUUUCCCAUGGACAAGAACAUUACGGUGGAAGGUGAAGUGACGUACAAUGGCACAAAUGCCAAUGAGUUAGUCAAACACCUGCCUCAGUUUGUCUCCUAUGUCACACAGCGCGACAAGCAUUAUCCAUCACUUACGGUCAAGGAGACACUUGAGUUUGCACAUGUCUGCUGCGGUAAAGGCUCUUUGAAACGUGACGCCCAACACUACACUGGCGGUACACCCGAAGAGAACAAGGCUGCGCUCGACGCUGCCAGAGCCAUGUUCAAGCACUACUCGGACAUUGUCAUCCAGCAGCUUGGACUUGAAAACUGCCAGAAUACUAUCGUAGGGGGACGCCAUGACCCGUGGUGUGUCUGGUGGAGAGCGCAAGCGCGUGACCACUGGUGA